AAGCACCUGGAGCCACAGCUAAACGUGCCAAAUAUUCUCCUCAAAGAAGCCGGCCGUUUAAUUCUUCCUGCGAAAUGAGGUGUUGUUUUCUGUAGCCCACCAUGGCACCAGGGGAUGUGGUGCCAGAUCAUGCCAAGCAGCAGAAGUCCAAGGAGAAGCGACCGGGAGGCAAAACAUCAAAAGCAGAAUGUGAGCCUGAUGGCUCUUUUAUCUUUGAGGCUCAUGAAGCUUGGAAGGACUUUCAUAACUCACUCAGGCAUUUCUACGAAGUCGGGGAGCUCUGUGAUGUCACUCUGAAGGUUGGCAGUAGGUUGAUACCAUGUCACAAGCUAGUGUUGGCUUGUGUUAUCCCUUACUUCAGGGCAAUGUUCCUGUCAGAGAUGUCAGAGGCCAAACAAGAGCUGAUUGAGAUUAAGGACUUUGAUGGUGAUGCCAUCCAGGAUCUUGUCCAUUUUUCUUACACCUCCAAACUCACCUUAACCGUGGACAAUGUCCAGCCGUUGCUUUAUGCUGCCUGCAUCCUUCAGGUGGAGCUGGUGGCACGAGCUUGCUGCGAGUACAUGAAGGCCCACUUUCACCCCACCAACUGCCUGGCAGUUCGAACCUUUGCUGAGAGUCACAACCGUGUGGACCUGAUGGACAUGGCCGACCGCUAUGCCUGCGAGCAUUUCACUGAGGUUGUGGAUUGUGAGGACUUCACAUGCGUGUCGCCCCAACACUUGCGCACAUUGUUGUCGUCCUGUGACCUCAAUAUCCACUCAGAGACACAGGUGUACAAUGCAGCAGUGAAGUGGCUGAAGGCAAACCCUCAGCACCAUGAGGCCUGGCUGGACCAGAUCAUGUCUCAGGUGCGCCUGCCUCUUCUCCCGGUAGAGUUUCUGACUGGAACGGUGGCGAAAGAUGAGAUGAUCAAUGGAAACUUGAGCUGUCGUGACCUGAUGGAUGAAGCCAGGAACUACUACCUGCACCUCAGCAACAAAGUGGUGCCGGACUUUGAAUACUCUGUCCGGACCAUCCCUCGGAAACAUACUGCAGGGGUUCUGUUCUGCGUGGGUGGUCGGGGAGGUUCUGGUGAUCCAUUUCGCAGCAUCGAAUGCUACUCCAUCACUAAAAACAGCUGGUUCUUUGGUCCUGAAAUGAACAGCAGACGUCGUCAUGUGGGCGUAAUAUCUGUGGGAGGUAAAGUUUAUGCUGUUGGGGGCCAUGAUGGUAACGAACACUUAGGCAACAUGGAGAUGUUUGACCCCCUCACCAACAAGUGGAUGAUGAAAGCCUCUAUGAACACCAAAAGGAGGGGUAUAGCCCUGGCUGCGCUAGGUGGUCCUAUAUAUGCAAUCGGAGGUCUGGAUGAUAACUCCUGCUUCAAUGACGUGGAGCGUUACGACAUCGAAAGCGACUGCUGGAGUGCUGUGGCUCCCAUGAACACACCCAGAGGAGGGGUUGGAUCUGUGGCACUGGGGAGUUAUGUGUACGCAGUGGGAGGAAACGACGGGGUGGCAUCUCUGUCCAGCGUUGAAAGGUUUAAUCCUCACCUCAACAAGUGGGCGGAGGUCAGCGAGAUGGGCCAGCGGCGGGCUGGAAACGGAGUCAGCAAACUGAACGGCUGCCUCUAUGUAGUCGGUGGCUUUGACGACAACUCCCCCUUGAGCUCCGUCGAGCGCUUUGACCCGCGAAUGCACCGCUGGGAGUAUGUGUCCGAGCUCACCACCCCCCGCGGCGGCGUUGGUGUUGCUACUGUCAUGGGAAGAGUGUUUGCAGUUGGAGGACACAAUGGGAACAUUUACCUGAACACCGUGGAGGCUUUUGAGCCCAGAAUGAACAGAUGGGAGCUGGUGGCCUCCGUGUCUCACUGCCGUGCCGGAGCCGGAGUCGCCGUGUGCUCGACUCACGUCAGCCAUAUCAGAGACGUCGGCCAGGGCUCCAGCAACGUGGUCAACUGCAUGUGACGACCAACCUGCGUUUUUCUAGGUGACUGACUGCAGGGUCAUCACCGGAUCUGACGACUGCACAAGCACACGACACUAAGCACACAGUCAGCAGCAUUAUUACUGUCAGCACUGAAAUGAACCUUCACGACAAAGACUGAUGAACAAACUGACUGAAGAAAACCUUCAAGAAUUUACAGACUUGAAAUCUGAAGUUGCACAAAAUCAUGUUUAAGUCAUGUUUCAAGACUCCUGUCGGUGUUACUUGCAAUCAAUGUAGUAUUUUGUACUGUAUUUUCUUCAUCUCAACAUAGUUUUGACUUUUUAAAAGGGACAAUAGUAACUGAGCCUUGUAUUCAAAACAAACCUCUUGGAGUGCUUUGAUUGAAAACUUGGAUUUGUAGCUUAUAAGAAGACUGUUUUAAUGGUUCUGCAGUUUUGGGGUUUUUUAAUGUCCAGAGAGACGUGACAAAUCAGCAAUUUGAAGACUGAUUCUGGAUUCUUCGCCAGCUUAAGUUGUGAACACACUUUCAUCUUUCUGAAACGUGGCAUAAUGAUGCAAAGACAUUUCAGAGCUUCCCUGCAAUCUUAAAGGGAAAGUGAAUGUAAGAGUUAAAGGGGACCUAUUAUGGCAUCUAAUACCUAUUUUAAACAGGCCUUGAAUGUCUUAAAAACAAGUUUUUGAUUGUUUUUGCUAAAUAAAUUAGAAAUUCAGCCUCUGAGCCAUGUCUUUAUCUUCCCAUUCUCUAACCUCAUUAUCUAUGUGGGAUUCUGAGUGGGCGGGGCUAUGAUAAUGAGGCUCUGUGCUGAUUGGCUGCCUGAAUGACUGGCUGAGGGGAGACCACUUUAUAUAUGUUAAAGCAAGAAAAAAAAACUGUUUUUCAUAAUAGGUCCCCUUUAACGUUUUUGAGGUGGGUGUUACAAUUUAAUUAAAACAUUUUUUUAACUGAUCUUUAGCUGAAAUCUUUCCAUCGAUAAGUUUGAAAUCGCUUUGGAAGAAAAAAAGAAUCAGCCUUCAUUUAGGAUAUGACAAAUCACACUCCAGCAAGUGCCAAACCGUAUCAAAAAAAUGAAACAAACUAUUUGACAAAUCCAUUUCAGCUGCCCGUUGAAUUUAUACCAAUUAAUUUACCUCAUAUGUGAGUGACGAACACCAGAGGGUCAUGCGGUGAUGAGAGCAAUAUCUUGCAUGUCUCUGGUUCAGCCUCGGUUUUACAAAACUGAGCAGGGAUCUGGUCACACUGACGCAAGCAGACUCGCAUCCAAGAUCUCCGUUUAACUGGAUGUACGGAAAUCCUAAUCAGCGGGUUUGCAGAUGAGGAUGAGACUCAGGUGAGGCUUGCAGACGGUUCUGUUAUAAUUUGUGUAAAAACGGUUGUAUCUUUGAUAUUAUUCUCGACUCUAUAAUCCUUUGCAGUGCACUAUUUUCCUAGAAUAGAUGUGAUGUCUGAGUAUAUUUUUGUCCAGAGUUUUCUUUUGUUUUAAGUUUAAGGGUGUUUAUUUAACAAAACUAUUUCUACCAUAUGAACGAUAAAAACAUUUGUUAUCUCUGACAACAGCUGAAUUUUUAGACUAAGGCUUCAGAUAAGUUCUGUUUACUGUUUGUACAAGGAAAGCGUUUAUUGUUGCAGAGAUUGUACACCAUCAAUCAUUUCUACAUUAAACCUGAAGCUUUGUCAUUUGUAAAUUUUAAUGCAUUUUGUGUUGUUUCAGCUCCUCUUUACCGCUUCUUGUACUUUGUUUAGAUGUAUUGGAAUAAGUUGGUACAAUAAAGUGAUGUGGAAACAUU